CCCUGAAGGGAGAAGGCUGAUGACAACUGAGUCCUAACAAGCAGGGUAUGGUGAGGGACAAAACGGAAGAAUUCCUUUGACCAUUGGGACUUUGUCUUCAGAAAAGCAGGUUUGGGGAUUCUCGAGUGCUGGUCUGUCUGCGGAGCCCUCGGUCUUGGCCGAGACGCCUUCCUGUGGCUGUGGAUCUCGAGCCUGGAGGCCCAUCCGGGGCCGGCGGAAGCCUGGCAGCCAGAAGGAAAUUGUCCUGAACCAAGAAAGGGCUCCGAAGGUACAAAGCGGGGAAGGAAGUCGCUGGAAGGAGCGCCCAGAGGUGGAGGUUUGCUGGCGGCAGAAAGCCAGAUUUACCGGACGCUGUUCACCUGGAAGCAAGAAAGGGCAGAAAGAAGAACGUGCCUGGAUCAGUGCCGGUGGAUGCGAGCGCGCCACUGCACCGGGACAUCUGGAAGGGCAAGGGAGUAGUCCCUGACUGCUGUUGUUGUUAGGUCCUAUUUUAUCUGAAGCUACAACAGAGCCUGCGAGCGGUACUUAAAGACUCCUGCUUCUCCUCCUAACUCUUCCGGACCAGAGCAAGCCUACUCUACCUGUGUUUGGGAUCAGAGCCCCCUCUGUACCAUGGGCCGCACUCGGGAUGCUGGAUGUGUGGCUGCUGGAGUGGUGAUCGGGGCUGGUGCCUGCUACUGUGUAUAUAGACUGACCUGGGGAAGAGAUGAGAAUGAGAAAAUCUGGGAUGACGACGAGGAGUCUAGCGAUGGGGCAGAGACUGGGGUAGAGACUGAGAGAAGCGCUCAGGCCAACCCUGGGCCAGUGACUACAGCCAGAGUUGAAACUGACCCAGUGGUCAAGGCUGAGGUGGGCUCAGGAGUCAAGAGUGGUUCAGAUUUAAAGGUAGAGGCCUAUUCAGGGCCCCAGAGUGGGGGUGGCCUAGAGGCCAAGGCCAAGGCUCUUUUUAAGGUCCUGAAAGAACAAGCAAGUGCAAAGAUGGGCAGAGGGGGCAGGAUGAGUAUCAUCUCAGGGAACAGGACACUUGCACCCAGUUUACCCUGCCCAGGAGGCAGGGGUGGAGGCUGCCAUCCCACCAGGUCUAAAGCUGGGGGCAAAGCAAGUGGAAAAUCCAAGGGAAAGCCCAAAAGCAAGAGCACGAAGCCUCCAGCUGCAGCCUGUCCUGGCCGCAGGGUUAAAUUCAACUUUCCCUAUAAAAUUGAUGACCUUCUGGGCACUGCUGAACUUCAAAAAGUCCUUAACAUCCUGGAGCGAUCCAAUGACCCUUUUAUUCAAGAAGUUGCUUUGGUCACUCUGGGUAAUAAUGCAGCGUAUACAUUUAAUCAAAAUGCCAUUCGUGAAUUGGGUGGUGUCCCAAUUAUUGCAAAAAUGAUAAAAACGAAAGACCCUAUUAUUAGGGAAAAGGCUUACAAUGCCCUUAAUAAUUUGAGUGUGAUUGCUGAAAACCAGGGCAAGAUAAAGACGUAUAUUAGUCAAGUGUGUGAUGACACCGUGAUCUGUCGUUUGGAUUCAGCUGUGCAGAUGGCUGGACUCAGGCUGUUAACCAACAUGACGGUGACCAAUCAUUACCAACAUUUGCUCUCCUAUUCUUUUCCCGACUUUUUUGCUCUGUUAUUCCUGGGAAAUCACUUCACCAAGAUACAGAUUAUGAAACUAAUUAUAAACUUCACAGAAAACCCAGGCAUGAGAAAAGAACUGCUCGGUAGUAAAGUGCCAUCAGAACUGAUUUCCCUUUUUAAUAAAGAACAAGACAGAGAAACUCUCCUUAAUGUCCUUACCAUAUUUGAGAACAUAAAUGACAACAUAAAAAGUGAAGGGUUUGCAUCAUCCAAAAAAGAAUUCAGCAGAAAUUCACUUUUUUUCUUAUUCAAGGAAUCUGGGGUAUGUGUAAAGAAAAUUAAAGCUUUAGCCAAUCACACUGAUCUGGUGGUGAAAGUAAAAGUCUUAAAAGUAUUGACCAAACUCUAAUCGGAAGUUUGUCCCAAGCACUAGAGGUAAGUUUUUAGUUUCAAGUUAGGAACAAUCUAUUUUGUAAGUUCUUGGUUUUUCACCGUGCUCUGGGGCACAGGGAGCUUUGCAGCUGCCGUUUUGGAAUAAUGAAUAGCACCGAUCAGCGACAGUGAUGCUGGCUACGAAGAUUGCGUAUAGGCUGGACCGCUUGUUUGAAAGAUGCCAAAUGAAUAGCAGAGCUUGUACAAAGAAGUAAAUCAUUUAUUGAUUCAUUAUUGCAGAGAUAUUUUUACUCUUUACCUAAACGGAUGUAGAAUUACUUCUACAUCAUGAAUAAAGCUAUACUUCUGUAUUGGUUUA